GGACAAGUAAUCUCUCUCUCUCUCUCUCUCUAUAUAUAUAUAUAGAGAGAGAGAGAGAACGAGUUGGCGAUGUUGAUAGCGAGGUUGUACACGGGGAGCCAUGACAUCAUCUCGUUGAGAAACGCUUACCAUGGCAACGCAGCUGGCACCAUGGGGGCCACCGCUCAGGGCAACUGGAAAUUCAAUGUCAUCCAGCAGUGCAUAUGAACACGUCCAGCGGUGGGAAAUCCGUUACGGUAAAUUGGUGUCAUUCGACAAGAUUGUGUGGUGAAGGUCUUUUCUCUAACUCUCUCUCUCUCUCUCUCAUGGCUAAUUCCGGCGUGACACAGCUGCUCGGCUUCCGGUUCCGCCCCACGGACCGUGAAAUCAUCAGCUCCUUUCUCUACAAGAUGGUGGUGGAGAAAAGGCCUCUGACUUCGAUGCCGCAAUACAACAAGGUUAUCCACAAGUGCAACCUCUUCGGCAACAAACGAGAACCCUCAGAAAUUUGGAGAGAUUACGGAGGAGAUCAACUUAAGGAUCAAGACUUGUACUUCGUUUCAGAGCUCCAGAGAAAUGGUUUGCUCAUCCAACGCAAGACUGGCAGUGGUACUUGGAGCGAAACCGAAACCUACCAAAAUGUUAAGGAUGAGGUGGAUGAGAUUAAUGGAAAAUCUCAUCUUGAUUUUAUUGGGAGAAAACGGAAAUUCUGGAACGAGAACGGGAAUACUUCGGUGGACAAUUCUGGGAAAAAGAGGAAUUGCUCGUCUCAAGAUCAAUCAAACAAGAAGAUGAAAAGAGAUCAAUCUACAAAGAAGAUGAAAAGAGAUCAAACUACAAAGGAGAUGAAAACUGAAAAUUCAGUGGGGCCACAGAUUAUGAAUGAUGAGAAGAAUCAGUUGAUGAUCAAGGACAGUACCACUUAUGAUCAAGAAUAUUUGAUUGACACCAAUUAUAAAAGCUUCGACAUUGAUGAAAUCUUUGCAGAACUAGACUGCGAAGCGCCAUUGUUACACUCGCAGCAACUGCCUCAGAAUGCUGAAGGCCAAGAAGAGCCUUGUGUUAAUCAAAUUGACGGACCAGUGGAAGCAGCCACCAGCAAUCUGAGUAAUUUUGAGUAUAAUAGCGAUGAACUAGCGGGAUUAAUAGGGCAACAUAAUAUGAAUGCAUAUGAUCAUGACAAUCCGAAUUUAUUCUUCGAAGCCAAUGAACUAUUGGCAGAAGAUGCAGAGCCCUUGUCAAGCUUUGCAGAGCUCGAUGAUGAUUAUAAUGUGGUCAGCCAACCAUUAGACCAAAACAGCUACUGGUCCAAUUGCUUUAUGGAUCAGACUUACAAUUCCUUUAUGGAGGAAAUCAUGGCUGAUUAAUUAGAUAUAUUGUACAAGUGUAACUGGCUGUAAGUUUAGAUGUAAAUUUUUCAUGAACAGGCGAAAUAUACAUCC